GCAUCCUUCUGACCAUUUCAAAAACCAAAGUGAAAACGAGAUUAUGUCUACUUACUAUCUCUCCAAGCAGCACCACAUUUUCUCCUCUCACGAUGAAUAUUCCUCUGGGGAUGUCACCAAACUUUUUUCCCACGUGAAUGCGCUCAACUGUCUGGUGAAAAACUAAAUUGGCUGGAGGACAAAAGAACCGGGGUAAAUAAAGAGCAGAAAAGAAGAGACCCGAUCAUGGGAAUCAUAAUGACAGAUAAACUGAGCCUGCUGUAACCAAUGCAGUGACCCGACUCAGAAAAACAAUACUAAAGAUGGAUAUAAUUAAAAGAGUUUUACCAAACUGAUCAAUGCUUCUCAGGUAACCAAUCAAUGUUCUUCCAUCUCGGAGCAGCACCAGGUGCUUCUCUGCCGAAUACAAACAAGAGGAGCAAGUUAAAUGACAAUUUAAACCCGCUGCAGAUGAUCCAGAUUGCGUCGGACACGAUGCUGCACAUCUUGAAACGAUUGUUUCUUUUUAAACCAAAUCAGCUCCAUCAAAUCACUCCUCCAACUUACUAUCGAUGUCGUCAAUGAGGCUUGCCGUCCCUGGUACGUAGUUCAUCUUGUGCUGCUGCUUAUUUGAGUCUUGUAUCUGUAUAUACCGUCAAGCCAUUAAUGUUUCAAUACAUGUUUCUCACAAAAUUAGCACAGGAAGCGUCUUUAUACACGCCAGGGAUGAACUUCCUGUAAGCAUUUAACCCUUCGUGUACUGGCCAUUCACUACAUUUCUAACACGCAGGAACGGCCCUUUAAAAAAAUACAUCUUUAAAUAAAUAUAACUUCAGGCAUCGGGGGGUUUUGAAGAUUAAAAUAGCAGUUAAUGUUUUUAAAAUGUUAUUUUUAUGACCUUUCCCCUCAUUGGCUAAUAACGUCUACUGGCGCGCAUGCGUCGGCAAAGAUCGUAUUUACACAACAACGGUCACAGAGCCGGAACAAUUCAAAACGCCGUGCAUUAUGUAAAUAAAUGUAUAUUUUUGUUGAAAUACGCCCAGAAAAAUAGACGUUUAACGUCUUAAAAUCAUAUUAUAAAUUUAUAGCUAGUGUAAUGAGGGUAGACCCUGGCGUUACUUUCUCCGUCCAAACGUUGGUCAGAAAAAAUCUGGCGGAGUGAGACCUCUGUAGGUUUAGCAGCGCUCGCUAUUAAAGGCGCAGCACAGGGGCGCUCACGUCAUUCAGUCGUUUCCCGACUUCAACCAAGGGGUCCGCACUUGUAUAGGAAAACGACAACAUUGCUGCUGGCGUUUCAGACGACCUGACACAUCCGAUAAGUAACGCGAGGCUCGCUGCAGAUUUGUUUCCCCCCCACAAUGAUAGAUGACAGGGCGGCUGCCGAUAAGAGCGCUUAGUCCAAGCAUCAUCAUUAUCAAAUGCAGUCCAAUCUGAAACCCGGCUGGCCCUCGACUUGCAACUCGGGAAAUAAUCACGGGAACUGGAAUAACAGUAUGGAUGCUCCUCAGUAUCCAGGCUACCCUCCACACUACUGGUAUCCUCAGUCUCAUUCCACAGGGCACUAUGCAAAUACCUAUCCCUCUGGAUCAGAUGUUCAACCACAGUACAAUCCACAGGUAAUGCCUGGUGGUUAUCCAAACGGCCAUGGAGUCUACAGUCCAGCACAGAGUCAGUAUUCAACAAGUGGUUUCCACCCAUCUAACCCUUUCUACUGUGCUGACCCUCAAAGACCGGCUCCGGGUUCUUAUCCUAACCAAGGCUGCCAUGCAGAGCAAAGCAGUGGGUCUUCUGGACAGCCUCAUUCUCAACACCAACAUCAUCACUAUCCUGGGCCACACUGCCAAGGGGGUCCUGGAUAUCCUCCCGGACCGUACCCUCACUACAAUGAGAGUGCCCAUGCAUUGCCUCCAAAUCCCCCAUACCCAACUGGCCAGUCACUUCAUCCCAGCCAGCAGGCUGACGCAUGGGGACACUCUGGUCCAUAUGUACCCUCACAGCAGCCAUGGCCGCCGGGGCAACAGCCUCCCCAAAACCAUUAUGGGAAUCCAGUCCGUCCACCACAUCCUCCAGCGUGGCCAGGAACUGGAACAGGUGCUCCUCCACCGUACCAGCCCAAGGACCAACAGCACCAACGCGCCCCACCGGUGGGACCUAAACCGAAGCCAGCACCAUCCCCGAAUCCCCUCGGUGGUAAUCCUACUGAAAUAAGUUCUCCUCCACAAAUGUAUAAAACUGGGAGAGGUGAUCCUAAUGCUUCACAAGCUGAGGCCCCGCCUUCGGUUCCAGCAUCAACUCUAAGUCAGGCUGCACCUCAGCCCCUGAGCGAUAACCCCAGUCUGGCUAAGGUCCAGCAGGUCAUGGCCAGAGUACUGCUGCUUCAGGAAGACGUUGAUGAGUUUGUUGGCAAAAAAACAGACAAGAGUUAUCGUUGUCUGGAGGAACUGCUUACCAAAGAGCUGCUGGUGCUAGACUCUGUGGAGACUCAGGGACAGGAGAGUGUCCGGCAAGCCCGAAAGGAGGCUGUACAGAGAAUCCAGGCCAUUCUGGACCAGCUGGAAAAGAAAGCUUUCUGAGCUGGACUUGUUCUGCUUGUGGGUCACUUUGUUUUCAUCUUCCUGAUCUUCCAUGGACAUGUUCAGGUUCUUGUCUUCUUUUGCUGACCAGUGUUGUAGGGGUUUUUUUUGGGGUUUUUUUUCUUUUCUUUUCUUCCCACCACCAUGUUACUAUAGAACACCUGUGAAAGGUGGCAUGGACCAAAGAAAAAGACACAGCAGUUAUUGGCACGUGGAAUCAAACUUUGAAGCCUAAUAAUGCUGGUAUAAAAGGUAUGGUGGUAUUAGACGUGAAAGCUCAUGGUUAUCUGCGUCAGCCUCAGUGAGUGACUCUAUCAGCUGCAAAAGCAGGAGCGAGUCACUGGAAGAUGAACUUGUGUAGUGCCACAUUGCAGCUCUCUGUUGUCGCUGACUCAUGACGCAGAUUAUCAUCACGCUGUCCCUCAGGAAUGUGGGUCAGUUUCAGUCUGAUCCAAAGUGUAUCAGCUCUUGCACUUCUUUAGCAGGCUGUCGUUUCAUCUCACGGUCCCUUUGCAUGAUCAGGAAAUUGUGCUUUCACCUAAUAGAGUAAAUGCAUUUUGUCCAUAGCCAUGUACCUCUCCAUGCCUCUGCCUCUGUAGGUGCAGUGAUUUCUUUUGUCUUUUCUUUUUUUUCUCACUCAGUUUAAGCCCUGCAUGCACUGUAAUGUCAGAUAGGCACUUGAUACAAUCAUGAUAUCUCAGAGCUCAGAACUGGGCCUUGAGUGUAGCAGAUUAGUGAAAAUCCCCCAGAAGAUUGCUGUUCCCAAUUAUUUCAUCUUUUUUGAUGAAGACCUAGAAUCAGACCUACAUAUGAAUGCCAUGUGUUUCACUUCACUCACUGAUAAAGACUUGAUUAAGUAUGACUGGACAAGCUGUUCCUUUUCUCCAUCUUUGAACAUUCAAAUAUAUAUAAAACUGAAAUCUCUACUUGAACAUUUUCAGUCAUGUUUUACGCUGAAGGACAAGGUUGGAUUAAAUGUUUUUCUUUCUGUCCUUUUGAUAAUGAGGACGAAAAUCUAUGUUUAUAUCAAACAGAUUUUUGUGUGCGCGUCACUGUCCAUUAUGUUGUGUGUGUAUGUUUUGUUUUGUUUUUCCCUCCUCAGACAUUCUUGAUGUGUUUUAGCAAAAAGUGCCAUAUUUAAGAGGAUGGUUUUAUAUAAUUAGGAGAAAAAAAAUAUAAAAAUAUCACAAGGUUUGCAUGGAAAA